AAAAAUAUCUUGUGAAAACAAACUAUAUAUUUUGGCUGAAAAUCUUUACUGCCAGUUUACACUUUACAUUACGGUAAAACAUGGGCGCUAGAUCCAAGAGCUGCCACUGAAGCUUGUUGGGAUAACUCAGUGUUUCUCUGGUCUGUAUUACACCAGCAUUCAUAAUGUUAACUCCUGCGUUUGACCUGAGCCAAGAUCCAGAGUACCUGAUCUUCAGCAUCCGUGUGCCCUACACCAGAACAUCGGCGUUUGACCUGUACAUUGAUGGAACAGAUUUCAAGUUCUAUGCUAAGCCAUACUUUCUCAGAUUAUCUCUUCCUGGAAGAAUAGUGGAGGAUGGGAGAGAAAAGGCCAAAUUUGACAUUGAUAAAGGGCUUGUCACUCUCCAGGUCCCAAAGGAAACAGCUGGGGAAGACUUCGAAGGACUUCAGAUGCUGACGAGUCUUCUCGCCCCAAAAGGCUCCCGUUCAGCAAAACCACUGAUAGAAGACAUAAGCACGGGAUGCAGUGAAGGUGCGGGAGAUAAAGAAGAAGAAGAUGAAGAUGAGGAAGAAUUUGACUGGCAGGUGGAGCAGGAGGUGUACAAGGAGAGCUCUGCGGAGGAGCUGGGAGCGCUGCAGAAAUAUGGCUUUGGCAAUCAGAGGUCUGGAGUGUUUGCAAGAUUACAGGAGGAACUGAGCGACGUGACUGAUGUCAAGAACCCAGAAGGAACGACGGCAGCAGAGAGGAGGCAGGGACGGCUGGAUGCAGAGGCCUCUGCUUUUUCUCCUGACCAUUACCUGGCUGAUUUGUUUGAGGAUGAUGAGAUAAAAAGGCUGCUGAAGUUUAAUCCGUGGUGGGCAAAGCGGAGUCCUUCCACACAGCGGGAGGGAGAAGAUGCUGUUUCAUUCACCGACGCUGAGAAGGAGCAGCUGAGGAAAUUCACCAACCGCUCCUACCUGCUGGACAAGAAAACCCGUUACCAAGUGUGGCUCAGCCUCGUGGACAUCCUGCUGGCCUAUUCCUAUGAAGUGCGCUCUACAGAGGGAGAGUACAACGUGGAGUCACCGUGGACUAUCAGAAAACUCAGCGGGACUCUCUGCUGGCUGGAGACGUACAGCUCCCUGCAAGACGUCCUGGUGUCAUUUGGACGGAGGGUUUUGUGCCACCCGCUCUACAGACACUUUUCCAUGAUCUCUGCAGCCGUUCGUGACACAACUAAGAUUUUGCAGUCCGAGAAAGCCUGUGUCCUCAAAUGUCUGCUGGAUAUUCACAAAGUAUUCCGAGGGAACGACCCGGCCUACAUACUGAACGAUCUGUACAUCACAGACUACUGCAUCUGGAUCCAGAGGGUCAAGUCCAAAAAGAUGUCAGUGUUGGCUGCGACGUUGGAAAAAGCCUCCCUGCAGAAAAAAGACUUGGAGCUGGAACUCGAAGAGCUGGAGGAGGCAGCAACAAUGGUGGCAGAGGAAGAAUCCCACAGUGACAGCAGCAGCUCUUCUAGUGACAGCAGCAGCAGCAGCAGCAGCAGUGACUCGUCAGAUGAGAGCGAGGAAUCUGAGGCUGAAGGGCAAGGCUGCACCGAAUCCAACGAGAGGGGAGGAGGAGGAGGAGGAGGAGGGGGGGGGGGGGGGGAGGAGGAGGAGAUGUCUAAGGACAACCCUCCACAACCCCAACCCAUCCCGGCUGCCUCUCCCAUCCCCCAGGAGCCCAUGAGCACACUCUUCUCAGCGGAGAAUGAGGUGGACGACCUCCCCUCAGCCUCAGAAGGCUCCAGACGGCUGAUCCAGGAGCUGGGGGAACGGGUGGCGGAGGAGCUGAGAAUCUUUCAAGACUGCAGCACCUACAAAGCAGAGAGAACGUGUUCACUGGCGAACGGCACCGCAGCUAAAACAGAAGCAACAUCUGGGAGGGGCAGCAGCGGGACUUUGUUAGAGCUGAGUCCUCGCAGAAACCCUCUGCUCAUCGUCCAAACACAGGAGGAUCUCGAUGAGUGACAGUGAUGUGGAACCUCAAAGACACUUGAUGAAUUUUGAACUGUUGACUCCGUGUAAGCGAUGUAAGAUGUGUUUGACUAUUUAGUUUAUAAUUCCUUGCAUUUCUGUAUGAUUUUUAGAGCUUUGACCCUCCUCUAAAGGACUUUAUGUCUACAAAGAAUGAUUUCCUCUUAUUUGAUCAACUUGCUAAGCCUCAUUAAAAUCCCUACUUUAUAUUGAUAUGAUUGUUUAAUGAGCAAGUGUGUGCUUUUGUAUGCUUCAUUAGAGGAUAGAAGAAGAAUUAGAGGCAGCCUUCUCCUUCUGUCUUGCCUCAUGUAGAGCUGCAAUAGAUGAGUCGAUCGACAGAAAAAUAAUGGCAACUAUUUUAGUAACCAAUUAAUCUUUUAAGUAAAUUUUAAUGCAAAAAAUGUAGAUUUCUUUUGAUUCUCUGUUUUAUAUCAUAUUAAAGUGAAUAUCUUUGGGUUUUGGACUGACAAAACAAGACAUUUAAAAACAUCACAUUGGACUUUGAGAAACCGGGAUGGACAUUGUUCACUAUUUUCUGACAUGUUAAAGAUCAAACGAGUAAUCAAUUAUUUGUGAGUUGCAGCCCUAGCCUCAUGUUUUAUUGGACUCAUGCGACUGCUGCUCUAUAUCCAAGCUGCGUACAUGCUGUACCAAAAUAUGUUUACUCUUAUAGACUGUUUGAUUUUAUAUGAACUAUUUUAGUUAUUAAAAGUAAUGCAACGGAGUUUGUGAACGGUG